GAAAAUAUCUAUUACAGGGUGAAUUACGAAAGCAAAUAGCCGCAUUUGCUGGCGAACGCAUUAACGAGUCUGCGAAAUGCGUAAUGAGAAGAAUUCUUGAGAUAGCAGAUGACCCAAAUGCAAAAAUAGAUGCUAUCGAGUCCGGACAAUUAUCAAAAACAACAAUCACAAAAAAAAUACCUCAAAGCGCCCGUAUUGGCGACUACAUUGUCUUUGACGGCAUCUCCAGAAACCCAUCCCAUGAAUAUAUCGUUGACCAGUACCUCCAAUUACUAGCGGAAGACGAAGCGAAAUUCAUUCGCAAAAAGGAUUCCACCGCGUCAUAUUCUGUAAGAUAUAAGGAACUUUGUCAGAAGAUGAAGCAGCGAAAGUUGGAAACUUACUUGCAAGAGAAAUAUGGGAGUGAGAGUGUGCGGAUAAUGAGAAUAUUGACGACUAAGGGAAAGUUGGAUGAGAAAAAUAUUGCAAGUUUUGCGUUGAUGGGUCAACCCGAAACCAGGAAAUUAGUCGACCAAUUAUUUGUUGGAGGCUUUGUCGAAUUACAAGAAGUACCGAAAGUAGCUGAACGCACACCAUCGCGAACAUUCUACCUCUGGUACGUCGACCUCAACAAAUGCUACCGACGAAUGCUUUCCGACGUGUAUCGCACUCUUGGGAAUAUCCACGAACGUCGGCUAUAUGAGACGGCCGUGCGUAAUGGUCUAAUAGAGAAAAAAGAACGAGCGGAAGAAAUGCGGAAUCCCGAUUUACUUAGUGAUACGGAUAAAGACGCGUUGUAUGUGUUUAAUGGGUUGUUGAAUAAGCUUGAUCUGGCAGAGUUGAGGCUUGUCGAGCUGGAGAUGUUAAUGGCGGAUUUUGUAUAG